AUGCUCAGUGUUAGCCGAAAUGCUUCCCGAUUCUCGGGGUGAGUUGAAGAAAAUCUGAAACUGGCUGAACUUUGGAAAAUCAAAAAGCAAUCAAGUUUUCCAGAUUGAUCGCCCGAUCGCUUUCCGGAGGAGCCGGCGACGGUGCUGGACGCGGGAGGUGGUUCCGGAGGAUCAAUUCGCGAUGCCGGAGGUGCUUUCGGAAAGAUGGAAGCCGCCCGUGAAGACGAGUUCUUCUACAAACAACAAAAAGAGCAAUUGAAGCAAUUGAGAGAGCACAUUCAACAAGAAGUCGAGCACCACAAAUCGCAACUCGACAACCAUCAAAAAGUCCUUCAACGCCAUCAACAACGCAUUUCUGAAAUCGAGGCGCAAGAACGCGCUCUUGGAAAAGAAUAAACCUCUUGUCCUUCAACAGUUAUCCCCCACCCCAUUCGUAGUUUUUCUUGUGUGUUAAAUAACAAAACGGUUUUGGUUUAUUGAAAGUAAAUUAUAGUCUUAUAUUAUUCAUCGUCUUAUUUUUUCUGAUGUUUAACCUCGUUUAACACCGAGAGAUAUUAUUUGCAGAGAAAUUUAUAGAUUUUUCAGUUUCAUUGCAGGUUAAAGAAAAUGUCGAAAGCUCAAGUUGGAAUCAAUGGAUUCGGAAGAAUCGGAAGAUUGGUUUUGAGAGCCGCUGUGGAAAAAGAUACUGUCCAAGUUGUCGCGGUCAAUGAUCCAUUCAUCACCGUAGAUUAUAUGGUCUAUCUCUUCAAAUAUGAUUCAACCCAUGGAAGAUUCAAGGGAUCCGUUGAAAUCAAGGAUGGAGCUUUGAUUGUUCAAAAAGAGGGAAAGAGUGCUCAAACCAUCAAGGUAUGUCAUUUUCCCUGAAAAGUUUCCUAGAUCAAUCCAUAAAAUUUCUUCAGGUUUUCAACAGCAAAGACCCUGCCGCAAUCCCAUGGUCAUCAGCUGGAGCGGAAUACAUCGUCGAAUCUACAGGUGUCUUCACCACAAAAGAAAAAGCUGGUGCACAUUUGCAAGGUGGAGCUAAGAAAGUAAUCAUUUCUGCUCCAUCCGCUGAUGCACCAAUGUUCGUUGUUGGUGUAAAUCACGAGAAGUACGAUGCCGCAAAUGACAACGUGAUUUCGAAUGCAUCAUGCACAACAAAUUGUUUGGCACCAUUGGCGAAGGUUAUCAAUGACAAAUUUGGUAUGUUUUAUUCCAAGAGGAAAGCAAAUCUACACAACUGUAACACGAUCAAUAGAUAAUUGUUUUGCACAUGUCUUGUUAUUUGUAUUUGUUCACUUUGUUUCAAAUCUAACCCAUAAUCUGAAUCCUUGAUCUAUCCAACUGUCUCAAUCCAAGGUUAACAAAAGCCCGGAGUCAAAGUUAUAGACAAACUAUAGCCCAUUAAUCCUAACCCAUAAUCUGAAUCAAUUUCCUUGAAAAUGGUCACAUUUCGGCAUGGAUAAUGGUUUAAAGAGUCAGGGACAUAGGCUUGUAAAUGGCAAACAACAAGUGAUUUUGAGAAGUUCAUAGUGACAGUGGUUGAAAUUAUGGGAUUUUCUAGAUUUAAACGUCAGAAGUGGAAAUCCUCGAUCUAUGCAACUGUCUCAAUCCAAGGUUAAAAAAGCCCGAAGUCAAAGUUAUAGACAAACUAUAGCCCAUUAUUCCUAACCCAUAAUCUGAACCAAUUUCCUUGAAAAUGGUCACAUUUUGGCAUGGGUAAUGGUUUAAAGAGUCAGGGACAUAGGCUUGUAAAUGGCAAACAACAAGUGAUUCUGAGAAGUUCAUAGUGACAGUGAUGGAAAUUAUGGCGAUUUUUUUUAUUUUCAAAAUUAUUUUCAGAUAUUUUUGUGUGCACGUUUCUGUUUUUGAAAGUUCACGUUGUUUUGGAUUUUAUCCAUUCACGAAUUCCUUUUUUUUUGUUUUUGAAAAAUUUCAGGAAUGUUUUUACAGGAAUCAUUGAGGGACUUAUGACAACUGUUCACGCCGUCACUGCCACUCAAAAAACAGUUGACGGACCUUCUGGAAAAUUGUGGCGUGAUGGUCGUGGAGCCGCGCAAAACAUUAUUCCAGCUGCAACUGGAGCCGCCAAAGCUGUUGGAAAAGUCAUUCCGGAACUCAACGGAAAAUUGACCGGAAUGGCGUUCCGUGUUCCAACUCCUGAUGUUUCGGUCGUUGAUUUGACAGCGAGACUUGAGAAGCCAGCCACUUUGGAGGAAAUCAAGCGAGUUGUGAAGGAGGCUGCUGAAGGACCAUUGAAGGGAAUUUUGGGAUAUACCGAAGAUCAAGUUGUCUCGUCGGAUUUUGUCACCGAUUCGCAUUCGAGUAUUUUCGACGCUGAUGCUUCGAUUUCUCUCAACGCCAACUUUGUCAAAUUGAUCUCAUGGUAAUUUUUUUUUACAAAAAAAACUUACAGAAAUUUCUAAAAUUAUCAAUCUCGAUAGUGUUUUCCUAAUACCUCUUGAAUUCAUUUUUUUUUCGAAAAUCCACUAGCAAAAUCGACGUGUUUUUUAAUUUUAGUGAAAUUAAAAAUGAAACUCUGAAACGUGUUUUUCUUUCGAAACAAAAUUUCACGUUUGAAAAUAAAUAGGAAAUCCUAAAAACAUACAUAAAAUAGGUCCCCGAAUCAGUUUUCAAAGUUAGGGUCCCUCCUUGAAAAUUUUCCAAAGUUAAACACCUUCCUCACAUUUUUGAGCGAAUUUUGGACAAAUCUGGGAACUUUGGUAAAUUAUCAGCAGAAAAUUGGCCGAGUUAGGCACCCUUCCCUUCAGAUUUUUGAAAAAGUUAAGCCCCUCACCCCGAUUCUGGGGACCCAUUUUAUGUAUGCCUAAAAACCUUUUUUCCUAUGAAAAAUUUGACAAUUUUUGAAGCUAAACACUGUUUGUUUAGCUAAUUAUAGGUUAUGAACAUGUAAAAUUUCAAUACACAAGCUAUAAUUAGCGCCACCUAUAAUUAGCAAAGUAAACUGUAAACAAGUUUGAAGUUUGGCUGGAAAAUUCCAAUUCUGAAUAAAUUUAGUUAGAUUUCACAGUAUGAAUCUGGAAAUUACAGUGUAUUUGUUAUUUUCAUUUUUUAAAACUAUUGUGUAAUUUUCAAACCGAUUGUGCUAUUUUUUUUAAAUUACUGUCAAAUUUUAUCAAAAAGUCCUUCUUGUUAGCUAAAUUUCAUGAAAAUUCUCAUGAUUUAUUUUAAUUAUAGGCUAUGAAUAAGUAGAUUUUCAUUUUUUAUAUAACCUAUAAUUAAAUUAGAUUUUUGGAGCUUGAAGUUCAAAACAUCAAUGAUCUCUCCAGUUGUUUUCCUAUAAAUUUUCAAUUAUCAAGUUCUGGGACCUCCUGUGGGAAUUGCUGAGAGAAUUAUGAAUUUUCUCUCAUUUAGAAAAUAUAAAAUUUUAAGGCGAGGUUUUUCAUUUUAAUUAUAGGUUAUGAAAUAAAUCACGGGUUAUAAUUUAAAUCAAUAAUUGAAAUUGGUUUUUGUAACCCAAAGGUCAAAAAAACAAACUUCGCGGGAAUAACAUUUAAAAAUCUUCCAAAAAUCCAUUUUCCAGGUACGACAAUGAAUACGGAUAUUCGAACAGAGUUGUUGAUCUCAUCUCCUACAUCAGAACCAAAGCAUAA